AUGAAGCAUAAACCGUUUCUGGGUGUUUCUGAUUCUGAGGAAACUGCUUCUGGUUUGUAUAUUGUUGAGAGUUGGCAAAGCAAAGUCUUGGGGUUGGUUUGUGAUCCUUUGAGGCAUUUCUAUGCCACUACUUUAGCUUAUCCAUUCUUAAAAGAUUCAUCUUUGACACUGUCAUGGUUGAACAGUAAAGUUGGGGUUUUGUUUCCCAUAGACCAAUAUACCCCUAGAAAGGAUGACAUAUUACAUUUGUGCGAUGUGCUAGUGGGGCAUGUUUUGGUACUUCAGUUUUGUUGGUCGAGCCAUGCUUUCAGUAAACUAGCUUUGUGUGAUCAUAGUAGAUUCUCGAAGUUGUUGGGGGCUUGGCUUUGUUGUGUUUCAUUUGUGGCAGCUAAUCAUCUGUUCCGCGCCUACCAAACCAAAACCAUGGUGGAAGAUGGUGAUGAGGUUGCAGUUGAUGCACGUUCCACAGAAGACUGGUUGUUGCAUGCACAGGAACUUGUUCCUAUUGUCCUUGAUAAGGCUAGAGAGGUUAAGGGAUUUGCUGGUAGAUGGAAGAUGAUCAUUGCAAAAUUGGAACAGAUCCCGUCGCGAUUAUCAGAUUUGUCAAGCCAUCCAUGCUUCUCAAAGAAUGCUCUAUGCAAGGAGCAGUUGCAGGCUGUGUCAAAGACGCUUGGGGAAGCGAUUGAAUUAGCUGAGUUGUGUAUGAAUGAGAAGUAUGAGGGUAAGCUUCGGAUGCAGAGUGAUCUAGAUGCAUUGGCUGGGAAGCUCGAUUUGAAUUUGAGGGAUUGUGGGCUUUUGAUCAAGACUGGUGUGCUUGGUGAGGCUACUUUACCAUUAGCUGUGUCUAGCUCUGUGGCAGAAUCAGAUGUUGCAACACACAGCAACAUAAGGGAAUUGCUGGCACGUCUUCAGAUCGGGCACUUGGAAGCGAAGCACCGAGCUCUAGACAGCAUUGUUGAGGCCAUGAAGGAAGAUGAGAAAAAUGUUUUAGCUGCUCUUGGUCGAAGCAACAUUUCUGCUUUGGUUCAAUUGCUUACAGCUACCUCUCCCAGGAUAAGAGAGAAAACAGUUACUGUUAUAUGCUCACUUGCGGAGUCUGGUAGUUGCGAAAAUUGGCUAGUUUCUGAGGGAGUUUUGCCACCUCUAAUAAGGCUUGUUGAAUCUGGCAGUGCAGUUGGGAAGGAGAAGGCAACUAUAUCCCUCCAGAGGUUGUCUAUGUCAGCCGAAACAGCCCGGGCGAUCGUGGGGCAUGGUGGGGUUCGUCCAUUGGUUGAACUUUGUCAAACUGGGGAUUCUGUAUCACAGGCUGCGGCUGCUUGUACUCUGAAGAACAUAUCAGCUGUGCCAGAGGUGAGACAAACUUUGGCCGAAGAAGGAAUCGUGAGGAUUAUGAUCAAUCUACUUAACUGUGGAAUACUGUUAGGUUCCAAAGAGCAUGCUGCAGAAUGUUUGCAAAAUCUCACUGCAAGCAAUGAGAAUCUAAGGAGGAGUGUCAUAUCAGAAGGUGGUGUUAGGAGUCUUCUGGCUUAUCUUGAUGGUCCACUUCCUCAAGAAUCCGCGGUUGGAGCAUUGCGGAAUUUGGUGGGAUCCGUCCCUGAGGAAUCCUUGGUCUCCCUUGGUUUGAUCCCCCGAUUGGUUCACGUGUUGAAGUCAGGAUCCUCGGGUGCUCAGCAAGCUGCGGUGGCCGCAAUAUGCCGAGUUUGCAACUCCACAGACAUGAAGAAAAUGGUUGGUGAAGCUGGCUGCAUCCCUCUCCUUGUGAAGAUGCUUGAGGCCAAGUCAAAUAGUGGUAGAGAGGUUGCUGCUCAAGCAAUUGCAAGCUUGAUGGUUGUGUCUCAGAAUAGGAGAGAAGUUAAGAAGGAUGAUAAAAGUGUGCCAAACUUGGUUCAGUUGCUUGAUCCAAGUCCUCAGAACACUGCAAAAAAAUAUGCAGUCACUUGCCUUGGAUCACUUUCUUCAAGUAAGAAAUGUAAGAAACUAAUGAUCUCAUAUGGCGCAAUUGGGUAUCUGAAGAAACUUACUGAGAUGGACAUUCCAGGAGCUAAAAAGCUACAUGAACGGUUGGAAAGAGGGAAAUUAAGAAGUUUGUUUAGCAAGAAAUAA